AUGAAAAAUAAUGAAGAUAUUAAUUCACAACCAGAGCUAUUAAGCAUAAUUGAUGGAACCAAGAGUUAUAUUUAUGAACAAUUGUGGAAUAUAUGUGCUGGACCUUUGUGUGAUCUUCCAAAGCCCGGGGAAAAGGUUUAUUACUUUCCUCAAGGGCAUAUUGAGCUUGUUGAGACAUCAACAAGAGAAGUGUUGUUGGAUGAAAUGAGGCCAAACAUUAAUCUGCCUUCGAAGCUUCCAUGUCCUGUAAUUUCUAUUCAGCUUAAGAUGGAAAAAAAUACGGAUGAAGUUUAUGCUCAGAUUUCUUUGAUGCCAGAUACAACAGAAGUUGUAAUCCCAAUUACUAAUGAUGGUAAUCGAAAGCCAAUGGUUUGUUCUUUUACUAAAGCACUAACAGCGUCCGACACUAGCACACAUGGUGUAUUAUCUCUACCUAAAAAACAUGCCCUUGAAUGUCUUCCGCCGCUGGAUAUGUCUCAACCAGUGCCUACACAAGAACUUGUCGUAAAAGAUCUUCAUGAUAAUCAAUGGACAUUUAAGCAUACCUUUAGAGGUACACCGCGGAGGCAUCUAUUCACCACUGGCUGGACUGCGUUUGUAACAUCAAAAAAAUUAGCUGCUGGGGACAAUUUCAUUAUCCUUAAAGGAGAGAAUGGAGAGCUGCUAGUUGGCAUUAGACGAGCGAAGUACGAAAUAGACCACAUACCUUCAUCUGUAAUAUCAGCGCAAUGUAUGCUACAUGGAGUCAUUGCUUCUGUAGUAAAUGCAUUCAAUACCAAUUGUAUGUUCAUUGUGGUUUAUAAGCCAAGGGCAAGUCAAUUUGUUGUUAGAUAUGACAAGUUUGUAGAUGCAUUGAAGAAUAAAUUUAAUUUCGGUUCAAGAUUUAAGAUGCGGUGCGAGGGUGAGGAUUUUUCUGAAAAAAGGUACUCUGGGAUUGUUAUUGGUGUAAAAGAUUUUUCCCCACAUUGGAAAAAUUUAGAGUGGCGAAGCCUACAAGUGCAAUGGGACGAGGUAUCACCACAAAAACCCUCAAGUUGAAACAAAUUCUCUCCACUGCUCAUGGAUCUUGUCACCAUUGUAGAAUUUAUGAAUCGUUCCUUUGGCUUCU